AUGGCAUACCAUAGUGAGACCAAUGGCGUUGCAACGAGCGCAACCAAAGGCACGCCCAAUGGCCCCAUCAAGGGCGUCGGUGUCACGGUCCCUGAGCCAACUGCACAUGUGGGCGAUGCCCAAAGUCUGAAAGACGCGAGCACAACAUUGAAACCCCUGCCAGCAUACACACCCAGAAGGCUUCGUGUCGUCACCAUUGGUGCCGGCUAUUCGGGCCUCACCUUGGCCCACAAGUUCCAGCACCAACACCCCGACCUUGCCGACCUGAUCAACCACACCAUCUACGAAGUGAGGCCCGAGCUGGGCGGCACUUGGUUGGUGAACACCUACCCGGGCGUUGUCUGCGAUGUUCCGUCGCACAUUUAUGCAUUUCCGUUCGACCCUAACCCUAGCUGGACCCGGUUCUUCUCAACCGGCCCGGAAAUCUGGGAAUACAUGAAGAAAACGGCUCAGAAGUGGAAUCUCGAACGGGACGUCAAGUACAAUCACCGUGUCACCGGCGCCUAUUGGCAAGAAGAUCGCGGUCAAUGGCAGAUAAUGGUCGAGCAUAACGGCACGAUUAUAGAGGACUAUGCAGAUAUCUUCAUAUCAGCCCAAGGUUUCCUGAACACCUGGAGGUGGCCCUCGAUUCCGGGGUUGUCGCAGUUUACGGGCAAGAAGGUCCAUUCGGCCAGUUGGGACCACGACUACGACUACAGCAACAAAAGAAUUGCCGUGAUAGGUAACGGGUCAUCGGGAAUCCAAAUUCUGCCUCAAUUGGCCAAGCUGCAGGGCACGAAGGUGGCGAGCUUCCAACGAGGGCCGACAUGGGUGGUCAGCACCAUGAACCCGGCGUCCCUGUUGGGAAAAGACGAUCCGGCAUAUAACCCGGUGUACACCGAGGAAGAGAAGCAAGAGUUUUUGGACAAUCCCCGGAGACACCAUGAAUAUCGCAAAAAGAUAAUACACGGCAUCAACGACAGUUUCAAAAUGUUUGUAAAGGGCUCGGAGCUCAAUCAGCAGAUCUAUCACCUUGCUCGUACACAGAUGACGAGCAAAUUACAAAACAACCCGAGAUUAUGCGAGUUACUCAUUCCGAAAUGGGAGGUGGGCUGUCGGAGGAUCACACCUGGCGAAGGCUAUCUCGAAUCCUUCUUGCGCGACAACGUUCAGCUAACUCAAAGCCCUAUCACACAUAUUGACGCCGACAGCGUCGUCACCGCCGAUGGGAAGAUGUACAAGGUGGAUGUUGUUGUUUGUGCCACUGGAUUCGACGUCUCCUAUCGUCCUCAGUACCCCGUCGUGGGUCGCAACUCGGUGAAUCUCCAGGACAAAUGGGCGGAGGAGCCUUCGUCCUACUUUUCACUCGCAUCGGCUGACAUGCCCAACUACUUCAUGUUCACCGGGCCGAACGCAUUGAUCGGCCACGGCUCUUUGAUGGAGAGUCUAGGAUGGAGUGCCGAGUACAUGAUCAAGUGGAUCCGAAAGAUUGCCUCGGAGGACAUCAAAGCUGUCGUGCCCAAGCAGAGUGCCGUGAACGAGUUUAUUGUCUAUUCGGACCAGAUCCACAAGACAUUGACAUGGACUGGGGCCUGUAGGAGCUGGUACAAAAACAACACCGUCGACGGCCGCGUGACCGCUACCUUUGCCGGUAGCGCAUUGUUGUUCAAGCGUCUCAUCCAAGACCUGCGACCGGAAGACUUUGAAAUCGUGCCUAGAGACAAGAACCGUUUCCGAUUCUUAGGCAACGGAUUCUUGGAAUAUGAGCUGCAAAGUGGAAACGAUCUGGCCUGGCACGUAGAAAGAGCAGCGGCCGAGGCGUACGACGUUGAUGAGAGCACGUUCCUCAACAGAAUGAAUGGCAUCAAACCGCGCAAUGAAACGCGUACUGCAAACCACACCCUGACUCUAGAGGAAGAACAGACCCUCGUAGAGUGGAUAUUGGAUCUUGAUACAAAGGAUUAUCUACCAAACCAAUCCUCCGCGACCCAGGUCGCCGAGUUCUUGCUUGGUCAACGCACGACGCGUCUAUUCCAACGCUGA